AUGGACUCUACCAUCCCAUCUUCGCAGACCAUAAAACAGAUUGGACUUGCUCGGGUGAUUAUAGGGUUACUAUUAAGUUAUUUCUCUGUCAGAUGCCUACGUUCUCCCCGAAUACUAGAGCAGCAGUGGCAAAUGGUUUGUGGGUUUUGUUGCGGAGACCUUUCCCAUGAAUUUGAUACUGUGUCUACGUCGGAUCAUGUUGCUCACUAG